AUGGCGCUGGCGGGGCCCCCGGGGGGCGCGGGCUGGACCUGGCGGCCGGUGGCCCGGGACGCGCUCCUGGCGCGGGCCUUCCACUCCUGCACCGAGCUGCGGGGCCGCUUCUACGUGGUGGGGGGCCUCCCGGGCGGAGGGGCCUCGGAGCCGAGCGGCGACACGGUGCUCUUCGACCCCGCCGCGGGCCAGGCGGUGCGGGGCGCCGGGGACGGCCCGCGGCGCAGCCACCACGACGCGGCGCCGGUGGGCGGGCGCUGGCUGUGCGUGGUGGGCGGCUGGGACGGCUCGCGCCGCCUGGCCACCGUGGCCGCCCUGGACGCCGAGCGCGGAGCGUGGGAGGCGUGGAGCGCGGCCCCCGGCAGCCGGCCACCCGUCGGCCUCAGCAGCCACACGUGCACCCGCGUGUCGGACCGGGAGCUGCGGGUGGCGGGCCGGGAGGGCGGGACCCGCACCCAGCGGCGCUGCGGGAGCAUCUUCACGCUGAGGCUGGACCCCGGCGCGCGCACCUACUGCUACAAGGAAGAGGGCUGCCGCACGGCCUCGCGCGCAGGCCACUGCGCUGCCCUGCUCCCGACUCCGGGGCCCCGCCCAGGCCACCAGCUAUUGCUCUUUGGGGGCUGUAGCUCCCCCGAACCGGAAGUGGCUGGGCAUUGGAGUCUGGGGAAGAUUAAGGAGGAGCCCCCUGCUGCCCCUCAUCUGACGGAACAGCUUGCCAGGCUCGUGAGCAAGGGGCAGGGGGCCCGGCAGGGGCCUCGGGGACUGCGGCAUCACUCAUGCUCUGUGGUGGGGCCCUUUGCUGUGCUGUUUGGUGGAGAGACUCUGACCAGAGCCAGAGACACCAUCUGCAAUGACCUCUACAUCUAUGAUACGCGCAAGUCCCCUCCUCUGUGGUUUCACUUCCCCUGUGCAGACCCUGGGCUGAAACGUGUGGGCCACCGGACCUGCCUUUGGAACGAUCAGCUUUACCUGGUUGGGGGCUUUGGUGAGGAUGGCAGGACACCCAGUCCACAGGUUUGCAUCCUGGACCUAUUUAUCUAAAGAAUAGUGCCAAGACGCACUGCCAAGCCUGUUUUGUUGCAGACUCCUAAAGCAUUGCUCCCAGACCUAUCUGCCUCAUUUCAAAUGCUUAUUAAAUUUCAAUCUGAGUCAA